UGGAGAGAAGCCAAAGGCUAAGAGCAGUAACAUUUAGCUUUAUAUAUUCCUGCAACUAAACCAGGAUUAAUUAGACCAGACAACACUAACGCCUCCCCAGCUCCCUCUGCGGGCUGGCACUCGCUCCCAGCCUGUAAUUUCCCAUGUGAAAAAGGUUAAUUCAGAAUUAGUAUCUCUUUGUAAUAAGCUUUCAGGGCUAAAUUAGCCCAAUUGCAAUGAACCUGUGGUUUCAGGGUCCAGCUGCAGAUCUUUCUCUUCGCUCCCUAAUCAGAAAGAAACCUCCCUCACAUUCCACAGCUGCAUCCUAUAUAAGGGAUGGGGGCUCAGGCUUUCUUGUUUUUCCUUGAAUACUUGAGGGGAGUUUUUUCUUUUUUUUUCUUUUUUUUUUCUUCUCUCCCUUUUUGAUCCGUAGCCCUCAAGAACAUGGAGAGCACUUGGAGGAUUUGUGUGUGUUUGUACUGCUGCUUGUCCUGGCUCUCUGCUGGUACCCAGUGCUCCCCCCGUUCCAGGGGCAGAGGGGGCUCUGAGGAGCCCCCCGGGUUUUUGGCAGCUCCUGAUGAUGCUGCCAGCCAGCUCAGUGCGGUGCUGCAGCCACCCCAAGGCAGGGGACCGGCCCCUACCCUCCUGCCCUCCCUGCUCAGGGUGCUGCAGCACCGCGGCUCCCGGGGCUGGCACAGCGAGGUGCCACGGCUGCAGCCGGACUCCAGGGCCCUUCGGUACAUGAAGAGGCUGUACAGGAUGUCUGCCACCAGGGAGGGCAUCCCCAAGGCGCAGCGAGGCCGCCUCUAUAACACGGUGCGGCUCUUCACCCCGUGCUGGGAAUGCGAGCACGGCCACCUGGGGAAAGGUAGGAAUCUGUUUCCCUUCCCAGGAAAUGUUCACUCGGUGGAUUUACUCUUCAACUUGGAUCGUGUUACUGCUCUGGAGCACUUACUCAAGUCUGUCUUGCUCUAUUCCUUUGACACAUCUGUUCCCAUUUCCUCUUCCAUUACCUGCAUAUGCCAUUUAUCCUUUAAGGAACAUGAUUUUUCCAGCCAAGUUUGUCCCAGCAUUUCCCACUCUCUCGCUUUUAGCCUGCACUUUGACGUUAGGAAACGCAAAUGGGUGGAAAUGGAUGUGACUUCUUUCCUCCAGCCUCUGAUUGCUAUGAACAGAAGGAACGUCCAUAUGGCUCUGAACUUCACUUGUGUGAUGGGCGACCCACAGCAGAGCACGAAACUGGAAAACGCCGUAAAUGUGACACUGGCUCCCCCUUCCCUUCUGCUGUAUCUCAAUGACACCAGUGAGCAAGCUCAUCACCGGGGGAGCUCACCGGGGCACGGCAGGAAAAGCAGCAGCCCGCCCGUGGAUGCUCCAAAGGGUGGCAAAGGACAAGGCAACCCCCAGGGUAGAAGGGCCUCUCGCCAGCGAAGGAAUGAGAACCCAAAAGCGACCCCGGCCGCUUCACCUCAUAACCCGAGCGAGUACCUGAAGCAGUUUGUGUUCCCUCAGCACGAGUGCAAGCUGCACAACUUCCGCCUGAGCUUCAGCCAGCUGCGCUGGGACCGCUGGAUCAUCGCCCCGCACAGGUACAGCCCCCAGUUCUGCCAGGGCGACUGUCCCCGCGCCCUGGGCCAGCGCUACGGCUCCCCCGUGCACACCAUGGUGCAGACCCUCAUCUACGAGCGCCUGGACCCCUCGGUGCCCCGGCCCUCGUGCGUGCCGGCCGCCUACAGCCCGCUGAGCGUGCUGACCAUCGAGCCCGACGGCUCCAUCGCCUACAAGGAGUACGAGGACAUGAUCGCCACCGAGUGCACCUGCCGGUAG